AGUGCAAAACUUGUGAAGAUGAUCACGUGUAGCGUCGAGUGAACGGCACAUUUUCGAUGGGAGAGCGGUGGGAGGUGAGCCGCGCAGCUGCGCAGAGAAUAAUGUGAUGUAACGGUUGGUUUCUGCGCAGCACGUAUGCGCAGACGCGUAUGUCAAAGUGAGGCAGCUCGAACCCUUAUCCGGAAAAUUUUGGCGUGCUUCAGAUAGCUUCACUAGUGAUGAUAGCGUGGAACUACGAGAGUCUGUGUUGCUGUGCGAAUCUUGAGAAGGCGGACGGCGGGCGUGAACCAUUUUGUGACAAGAAUCCAGUGGUUGUGUGCAGCAGGGACAAAGAAGCAAGUGAAGGCUUAAAGACUGGCGGAAAUAAUAGAAGCACCAAUGGCCACAUCGACAUUGUACCAGAGUUCGCCUCUAGGCUCACCUUCCAACAGUCCCAGGUCCUGCCUCUACCUCUCGCGGCCCAAGGCUGACUGGCAUGCCAGCUUCACUAAGUCAACUUUGCCACUUGUUCUUCGCCAUCACAAUGGAAUGUGGCUAUCCAGCACUGAAAACACCCCAGACUCCAGCAAGGAACCCAGUCCACCGCCACAACCUGAGACGCAGUCUGCGCCACCAAUGGACGUUCAGAAAACCAAGAUGAACUUUAUUUCUGUGUCCAAGUUGUUAUAUUGCCACGUGUGUCAGAUCACCGUCAAGGAACAGUACUUUCAUCAUCAUCUGUUUUUCGGGACGGUGCAGUGUGACUUGUGUGACAUGGUCUGUGCGGACUGCCAUACUUUUGCUGUGGUUACAGUAGGUGUUGGUAAAAAAGAUAGCUCAUGUGAACACAGUUUUUCGUUUAGUGAAGAUCCUUAUGAAUAUUUGCUAUCUCAUGUUUCUGGUGGUGCCAACAAGGAUGUGGACAACUCGACAACAAUGGCUAACAAGUUGCAGUUAUUGCAGUACUAUGUUAGUCAAUUAAUAAAAGUGCAGCUACAAGACCCCUGGUGCACUGCUAUCAGGCAGUGUAAGAGUCGUUUGUUCAAGCUACGCACAUCAACAGUGCUAGAACCUUCAAAGAACAUAGAGUUCCCACAAGCUCCCCUUGAUACAAACAUAAAUUUUGGUGUUACGGACAGCAGAAAUGACAGUCUAACUUCAACAGAGAUUGAAUGGGACACAAGUUCAAGAAUGGCUCCAGAGAGGAGCCCAUCACCAGCCGAAGUGCAGCACAAGUCCCAAGAAGAGACCAAUGAGGAGAAUGGUCUCCUGCUGUCACAGACUUAUGACUUGGAGCACCUUGAACAGGCAGUGGAAUAUGUGCAAGUGGAGAAACAGUGGAAUUCAGAGGGCAUGGAGGAUCAAGAUCAAAUACACGUACCAAGCAAACCUAAAAAGCGGCGCAAGGUGAGUCACUACAAGAGGACGAAGGGCCAAAGGUUAACACCACACAGAAAGCGGCGGCAUCCAACUUUACCAGAGGAAGUGGGUGAGAAUGAAUCUGAUCUAGUGAUGGAAGACGUGGCGCUACCCCAAGAUGGGUAUUAUCUCAUGGUGCAGAAGGCGAUAGAGGAGUGUCCCAUGUGUUAUACUUCACUUUCCUUGGAUCUCUGUUCUGUCAACGUUAAGACCUUCCUAAUUACUGUGACUUGUCCGGAAUGUAGCCUUCUCAUCUUUAUUGUCCCUGACUUACCCGGUGGCCUUCAAAUUGUCACAGAUAGUAGGGGUGGUAAUGCCAGAAAAGAAGCAAAGCAACACAAUCACCCUAAGGCUCGAAGAAUUCAGCCAAGAGACUUCUUUGCAAAGUAAUCCAGCAGCUCAGUUGCUCCUACUAGAAGAGUGCCCCGGGCGGCUAUCAUCUUAGUUGUACUGGAAUAAAUUUUUAUACUUUUUUGUAAA